UGCAACUUUUGCAUCCUGAAUUUGUUGCACGGAUCCACAAACUCAGUUAGUUCCUGCACAAUAAUCGAGGUGACAACGCGUGCCUUCAGUUCUGAGAUCCUCCUCAAAUCUCAAAGCUCAAAAGAGCAUUUUCAGGCUACGCGGGAUGGAGUAGUCAACCGACAAGAUGGCAUUUCCUGGAAAGCCUGUGUCGCAGCUUGUAGGCUCAAACGGACCCAUUCAUGCUGUCGCAUACUCAGCAUCGCCAGGCACGUACAUUCUCACCGGCUCGGCUGACCGCUCAAUCCGACUGUAUAAUCCACAGCCGACGACCUCUGCCGCCGAUGGAUCCCUGCCAGAAGGCCGUCUGAUCCAGACCUAUUCGGCGCAUGGGUACGAGGUCCUAUCCCUCGCAGUCGCGGGGGACAAUGCGCGCUUCGCCUCGAGCGGCGGCGACCGCACCGUCUUCCUGUGGGACGUGGCGACUGCUACAACGCUGCGGCGGUUCAGCAACGACGGGCACUCGAGCCGGGUCAACUGCGUGGCGUUCGGCGGCGACGGCGACUCGGUCCUCGUCAGCGGAGGCUUCGACACGACGGUCAAGCUCUGGGACUGCAAGGGCGGCGGCAAUGGAUCCAAGCCGAUCCAUACCCUGACGGACUCGCGCGACGGCAUCUCGGCGCUGGCGGUGCGCGACGCCGAGGUCGUGGUGGGCAGCGUGGACGGCCGCGUCCGCACCUACGAUGUCCGCAUGGGCCGGUGCGUCGUCGACGUUGUCGGUCCCAGCGUCACCAGCCUCUGCCUCUCGCGGGACGGCAACGCGCUCCUCGUCGGCUCGCUCGACAGCUCCCUGCGCCUGAUGGACCGCGCCGCUGGCACCUGUCUGCGCACGUACCGCGCCGAGGGCAGGUGGCGGAACGAGAGCCUCCGCGUGCAGAGCUUGCUCGGCGCGGGGGAGAGGUUCGUCGUCGCCGGCGACGAGCUGAGCUGCGAUGCCGGCGCGGACGACACCGCCGAUCAGGACGGCAAGGUCUGGGCUUGGGAUAUUCUUACCGGUGAGGUCGUCGCCACGCUCAAGGUUCCAUGGACUGCGGCUGCGAAUGGGGCCGGGGAGCGGAGGAGGCGUGCGGUCGGGCGGGAUGGGAAGGAGAAGGGGCGUAAGAAUAUCAUGAGCUGUCUGGCAUGGAGGGAAGGCGGCUGGGGGAAUCAGUUUUGCGUUGGAGGAAGCUCAGGGGUGGUGACGGUCUUUGGCUCUGGAUAGUUAUGCUGUGACAGGAGUAUAGCAUCAUUACUCCUGAACCUACCCUGCACAUGAAUAUGUAUUGUGCUAAUCUAGGAGCUCUUACUAAGGAGUUGUGCGAAGCUUCCGCACUGCUAAUAAUUAAUUGGCUACAACUCAAGCUUACUUGGGACCUUGACGUUGCUACUUAGGUCGAUCGGG